GCCUGUGCAGCAACCUAGCCACAUCUCAAAAUGAAGUUGAGCCAUUCAAUCUGUUUUCUUCUUUUGUUAACAUUGUCAUGUGCAUCAUCAUCUGCACUAGCACAAGAUGAAAAUCCACAAAAUUUCGUCAAUUGCAUCAACCUUCACUCUAUUGACAUCUCUGAACUUGUGUACACUCAACAGCACUCCAACUUCACUCAAACCUUGCUGUCCAGCAUCAAUAAUCUGCGGUUUCCGAAACCCGAUACGCCUAGGCCUCUAGCCAUUGUGACACCAGUGAGUGAGUCACAGAUCCAGAGUGUGAUUUACUGCAGCAAGGAACAAAAUUUGGAAAUGAGGAUUCGGAGUGGUGGUCAUAGUUUCGAGGGCCUUUCUUAUGUUUCUGCACUCCCAUUUGUAGUACUAGAUCUCGUAAAAUUCAAGAAUUUUAGCUUUGAUGCUGCAACGGAGACUGCAUGGAUUGGCUCUGGCUUGACAAUUGGAGAACUAUACUAUAAUAUUGGAAAACAGAGUAAUGUGCUUGGAUUUCCCGCGGGCUUAUGGGCGAAUGUAGGCAUUGGAGGGCAUUUCAGUGGAGGGGGCUAUGGCAUGAUGAAGCGAAAAUAUGGACUUGCUGCAGAUAAUGUGGAAGAUGCAUGCCUCAUCGAUGCCAACGGAAGAAUUCUAGAUAGGAAGGCCAUGGGGGAAGAUUGGUUUUGGGCUAUUCGAGGAGGUGGUGGUGGUAGUUUUGGAGUUGUUAUUUCAUGGAAAGUGAAAUUAGUUCCAGUUCCAGAGAUUGUGACAGUUUUCAGAGUGUCACGAACUUUGGAACAAAAUUUGACAACCAUUUUUCAUAAAUUCCAGUCUGUUGCACCUAAGCUCCCGAAAGAGCUGGACAUCAGGGCUGAUAUCCAGAGUAUUUUGAGCAAUGCAAGCCUUCGUGCAGAUAACAGAACAAUAACCAUCGGGUUUGACUCGUUGUACCUAGGCCGGGCUAAUAGUAUGUUUUCUGCAGUGGAAGAAUAUUUUCCAGAGCUUGGAUUGGUUAGAGAAGAUUGUGUCGAAGUAAAUUGGCUUCAAGCAAUGAUGCACUUUACAAAUCUUGAGUUUAGCACACCUCCUGAAAUAUUGCUUAACUCCACUGUUCUGCCUAGGCCAGCUUUUAAGUCAAGAAACGACGUCGUUCAGGUACCAAUUCCUGUACAAGGCUUAGAAGGCCUAUGGGAGAAAAUGUACCAAAUUGCACCACAACAAGCAACUCUACAGUUCACAUCCUACGGAGGAAGAAUGGAUGAAAUUGCGGAGUCUGCUCUUCCCUUUCCUUUCAGAGCUGGAUCGUUGUACGAGCUUAACAUGUUUGUACAGACCGAGACAGAUGAAGCAGAACGCGUGGAAUGGAUUAGAGGCUUAGGAACAUACUUGACUCCUUAUGUUAGCCAGAAUCCGAGAAGUGCAUAUGUUAAUUAUGUUGAUCUAUGGCUUGGGACUAACAAUCUCAAUGGCACCACAAGCUACGAACAAGCAAGUAAAUGGGGAAAACGCUACUUUAGAAACAAUUUCGACAGGUUGGUGAAAAUCAAGAGUGUGGUGGAUCCGUGCAACUUCUUCAGACAUGAACAGAGUAUCCCUGUGAUCUCUGCAGGAAAAAUAUCAUUAUGUGAUCCUUAAUUUGAUUUAUUAUGUUAAGUGUUCAGGAUAACUAGCAUUCACAUUUGGUCAUGUACUUCGUGUUGUUUUUUUCAAAUUAAAAUCAUUGAUAUUGCCCAGGAAAA